CACCGGAACCGGUAGUGUUUUGCUGUUUUGAUGGUCUCUGCUGCGUGCUAGCUGCUACAUCAUAUAGCAUGAUGUAGUGUGCAAAUAGACUGUAUAUAAAUAAGAGUGUGCACUGAAAAUGUGAUAGACUUUACCAGCUUGUCAUUUAAGGGCCAGAGGCUCGUUCAACCGGACUUUUUAUCCAAACUAACAUUGGCUGCACCAUGGCGAAGCAUUUCCACCUUAACACACCGCUGCUGGAGAGCGUCAGCAUGUCCAAACACGUUGGAACCACGGUGUACCUGAAGAUGGAGAACUCACAGCCCACUGGCUCCUUCAAGAUCCGCGGCAUCGGACACCUCUGCCAGCAGCUCGCCACUCAAUCCAAAGGAGUUGUCUGCUCUUCAGGUGGUAAUGCAGGCAUGGCUGCAGCCUACGUAGCCAGAAAAAUGGGCGUACCUGCCACCAUCGUAAUUCCCUCCUCGUCUCCUCAGCUGAUCGUUCAGAGACUUCAGGAUCUUGGUGCUAGUGUCAAGAUUAUAGGCAAGGUUUGGGAUGAUGCCAACGCAGAGGCUCUUAGACUGGCAGAGACCGAAGGACUCACCUAUGUUCCUCCAUUUGAUCACCCCCUGCUCUGGCAGGGCCACGCCAGUCUGAUGUCAGAGGUGGCAGCCUCUCUGGGUCCCGGUGUGAAGCCUGGCGCUGUGCUGGUGGCUGUGGGUGGAGGCGGGCUCCUCUGUGGUGUCAUCCAGGGCCUGAAGGACGUCAGCUGGACUGAUGUACCAAUCAUCGCUAUGGAGACGGUGGGGGCUGACUGUUUCAACGCUGCAGUUAAGGCGGGGAGGCUGGUCACCCUAGAUGACAUCACCAGUGAGGCCAAAUGUCUUGGAGCAAAGACGGUCUGCAAGAAAGCUUUUGAAUACAGCCAAUGCAGAGAGCUCACAAUCAUUUCUGAACUGGUGACGGACCAGCAGGCUCUGCAUGCUGUCCAAACAUUCCUGGAUGAGGAGCGUGUGUUGGUGGAGAUGGCGUGCGGAGCAGCGCUGGCACCUGUCUACAGUGGACUCAUACGCAGAUUACAGGAGGAAGGUCGGCUGCCGGGUGUCUUGGGCCCCCUGCUGGUGAUCGUGUGUGGUGGCAGCAGCAUCGACACGCAGCAGCUGACCAACCUCAAAAACAAACUGCAGACUUAAAGUAAUGUAUGUGUGCGUGCAUGGGUGUGUAGCAGUAAAUGUUGGUCUAUAGCCGUGGGUGUAUUAUGAGACAGACCAGCUCUACUACACAGGAGCAGAUACACAGACUUUAUAAGUUGUUUAGUCCUGCUUGUUUUGCGUCUAUUUGUGGUCGUUACACAUCUCUUUGAGUCU